AUGUCUGAAAAAUCAAUCUUCAGAUUCAAUAAAAAAGAUUUUUAUGAUAGAACGAAGAAAAAGACACAGUGCCCUGAAUUAAAUGUUCAAGAACUUACUAUCGAACCAUUACAAAAUUCCUUUAAUAAUGAUAUAACUAAUACUAUCCCAGAAAAAAAAGACCAUAUACAAACUCAAAGGAAAGCAGUUAAUAAUACAAACAAAAUAAACGGUCUCUCAUCAGAAAUUUCAUCUAAAACAAAAGAAAGAGUUACUCGGAGUAGUGUUUAUGGAAAAAAAAUUGAAAAACAAGAAAAAAAAAUUGAAGAAAAUGAAAUAAAAGUUAGAAGAAGCUCUCGAUUAAGUUCAAGAAAAAGUCUUGGACUUGAGAGUGUUCCUGAAAGUUUGUACGAGGCCCCACCAACAGUACUAAGCCCUAAAAUAAAAAGUACUAGUCCUCAAAUUUUAUUUGAAAAAGAAGGAUAUAAAAAUAGAAGAAUGUCAUGGAGGUCAAAGAAUUCAAGUGAAGAGAGAAGAGACAUUUCAUUAAUUGCAAUGGACGAAGACUCUCCACGAGUCUUAUCAGAUAAAGAUUUAAAAAAUAUAUUAAAGAGUGAAGAAAAAAAACAAAAAUUAUUAGCUUCAAUGGAUUUAAAACAAAAAUCAGAAAUACUUCUUGAUAUCCAAUGUUUGAGUAGUCACAUUGUAACUAUUGUUAAAGAACCAUUACAUUUAACAAUUAGUGAAGUCAUUCAAAAAUAUUUAAAAACAAAUACAAAAGAAAUUAUUGAUAUUGAAGAUCUUGUUUUUAGAAGUCAAACGGGAAAAAUAAUAUCAAAAAAUUUAACAAUUAGAGGGGCAUUAACAUUAAAUGGAACUUGUAUAUUUGUUUGUUUUAAUAACUAUCCAUUUUCUUUACCAAAGAUUUAUCCAACUGACAUUAGUAUUAACAAUUCAAAAAUUGUUAUUCCUCAAGUUGUGUUUAAUCUAUGUUGGUGGAUUUACACUUAUGGUUAUUUAGUCGAAGGAGUUUUUAGGGUUUCUGGAGAUACUGAAUUUACAAAGAAAAAAGCUGAAAAAUGUGUUAUAGGUGAUACAUCUUUUCUAUUUCAAAUGCAUAGAAGAGCAAGUGAUGUUCAUAAUGUUGUAGGAACAUUAAAAACAUAUAUAAGAGAAUAUACAGACGGAUUAAUAGACUACAAUUUAGUUAAACAAUUAUCAUCAAGUUUAUCUCAAGAAGUUGAUUUUGCAGUAGAAGUAUUAAAGAAAAUACCUAGGGAAGAUUUAUUAUCAUUUAGUAUAUUAUAUGGACUAAUCAAUAGACUAGUUAAAUAUAGCUCUAUUCAUAUGAUGACAUUAAAAAAUUUUUCAAUGAUUUUAGGACCACUAAUAAUUCAUAUACCAUAUGAAAUUAAUCCUUUAGAUAGUACUUGUUAUCAAAUUGAUUUUAGUAAUAUCCUACUUAAUAAUUAUCAAGAAAUUAUUCAAAGAAUUGGACUUACUAAUCCAUUUGAAGAAUUACCUAGUCGAGAUGAUAUCCAAAAAUUUAAUAAAAAUGAAGUUAAUGAGUCUUUACAAAUAAUACGUUCAGCGUCAAUAACAACUUGUUUUGAACUUGAGAGGUUAAGAAAAUUAAUGGAAAAUCCUGAAGUUAUUCAGUAUAUCCAAACAUUAAACCCAUCUUUAAUAGUUGAUGUUAUAGCUGUUAUAACUGAAUAUCUUUUAUAUUAA